AUGGAGCUUCAGGACAUCUUCUAUGAUAGUUCUCAAUACGUGGAGACAGCGAGUGGCAACAAAGUGAGUCGCAACGCAUCGAUCUGCGGCAGCCAGAACAUCGUCCUGAGCGGUAAAACCAUCAUCAUGUCAAGCUGCAUAAUCCGCGGCGACUUGGCGAACAUCCGCAUUGGUCGACGUUGUGUCAUCAGUGAGGGCUCAGUGAUUCGGCCACCCUUCAAGAAGUUCUCCAAGGGAGUCGCCUUCUUCCCUCUUCAGAUUGGCGACCAUGUGUUUGUGGGCGAAGGCGCCGUGGUCAACGCUGCUCAAGUCGGCUCCUACGUAUACAUCGGCCAAAACUGUGUGGUGGGUAGGCGGUGUGUGCUGAAGGACGCCUGUGCUUUACUAGACAACACAGUCCUCGCUCCCGAGACCAUCGUUCCACCCUUCUCCGUCUUUGGCGGCUCGCCUGGACGUUCUGUGGCCGAGCUACCUGAGUGCACGCCUGAACUGAUGGCAGAUUUGACGCGCAGCUACUAUGAGCACUUCUUGCCUAAAACCCCCUCUGCUGUAUCCUCCGUCAGCGGCUCUACCAAACGUGCGCCUGCUGUGUCAACAGCAGCCAGAAGAGUUGCCUAA